AUGCUCGAGGGACUCCAUGAGCUCCACAAGCACGGGAUACUUGUCCUGGACCUAUCUGAUCGCCAGUAUGUCAACGGCACGCUGAUCGACUUGAGCAUGGCGUCCACUGUCCCUCACCCCUUUGGUCCAGACCCAGAUCCAUUGGGCUUGGGAAAAUGUUGGCAGCCACGCUGGACGUUCCAGAGCUUGGCCGCUUGGGAUUUUUAUUGCUUCCAAGAAUAUGUCAUCGAGGCUUGGAAAAUGGGCCAGGCCGAGUUCCUUGAUGCCAAGCCUGGAACUAAAGGCCUGAGAAAGACUUGCUGGCUCCAAGCCUACCGUCUCCCCAAAGCAACAAAGGAUCUCCGACCUCGCGACACAUGGCGUCCGAACGAGGAGCAAAGGUCAUAUCUACCCAUGCUGAGUAAUCAAUAUAAAAAGCUUGAUAUGACACAAGCAUCCCGACAUGACCUGCUUGACUUUGCCAAACAUACUCCGGUGGCCAAUAAUGUCAAGAAGCGGGAGACACUUAGAGCAACAGGCCAAGGUGUCAAGAAAAGCAUGGCAAAAGGGAAGCAGGUGAAGGGUAAGAAAGUCGACAAGUCAAAGGCUCCAGGCUCCCGAGCUUAUGGUCUUCGUAGCAAGACACUGAAGAAGUGA